GAACCCAGAGCAGGUUCAGUCAGAUUCGAGUCUGUGCGGAGAAAAUAUUUCUCUCCACAGUCCAUCUGUGAAAGCGCUUGUUACAACAAAAAAGUAUAUUUAUUUUUUAGUGAUCGUUAUAAAAAAAAUUAACAGAUGCGUAGAGCCACACACAACAGUCAGCCGCCCGAUAAACCAAAGGCUCCGAGGAUGGAGCCUUCGGGGCCGGGAGCACGAAGACAUCAAACAGAAGGACCUCCUGGAAGCGAUGCUGGGAAGCUUAAGGUAGAGCCAAAGUUGGUCCGCCGGUGCCCACCGAGAAAGAACCCCGAAAAGAAAACCCGGGAGGAGAGAACGAUCGAGAAGUUCCGAAACAUCGACUUCUUUGGCCAGCGCGACUCGAAUAAUUUACUGACCGUCCAGAAUCUCGAGUUUCCUGAUGUGAACAUCAAGCGUACAGAGCUGCACAAACGCGACGAGUGCGGCAAGAGCGUUAUCCGUGGUAAGGGGCGGGACUUUGCAAGCUCCAGCAAUUCCCACUUCAGAGAUGGGAUCGAGACGGUGAAAAUGCGUGGCACCUCUUAUUCCCAGAGCGUAGUCGAAAAGCUGCAACCUGAGAGCAGAAGGGCCACAGAUCUGUCACAUGAUGAGGUGGUUGGGGACCCAGAUUCGGACGAGCUAAUCGAUUCGAUGCACAAGCCCUCGUCGCGCCCGCCCAACUUCAAUGGGGAUGAGUGGAAACGCCCGUGUCCAGCCAGUUUCGUGGUUGGUGCUCCGCGGCCACGUAUUGGUCGCUGCCCAAAGAACUACGAACAGCUGGCCAAGGUGACGCCGGCGCGCCGGAAGUUCUUUCUCACCCAGGACCCGCGGAAGACCCAUUGCCUGGUCAAUCCUGUUGCAUUGCGCCACAAGCCCUUGACCAAGGAGGAAGAAUUCAAUCUGAUCAGCAAGUUGGUGAAGCACGGCGACAAUCUUUGUGCCAGCACUGGUUCGGAGACGUCCGACACCCACAUCUGCGAGGUGAUUGACUUGCAGAAUCCGCUGGGCCUCGAUUUCCAUGGCAUGGACUACAAGACGACCUAUGAGCAAGACGAGAUGGAACAGCAGAACGCACAGACUUUUUGGCGAGUUCAACGGUACAUGGCGCGGCGCAAAGCCAAGAAAAACACCAAGGUUAAUGUGGAGGCUGAGCUGAAAGAGGAGCGCCUGGCGGUGCCGCUUCGCUACAACACGAAAAUCAAGGACAUGCCAAUCCACGAGCCCAGUCCCCAGCGCUCGCCGCGACUUGUCCAUUUGUAUCGUAGCCCCGACAAGCCGGCCAACAAGGCUAAGAUCGAGGAAGAGGGCAGGCGUCGAGCUGCUCGCUACAAGGACAUUUACCUUCGGAAAAAGCAAAGGGAACUGGAGCAGAUGCAGGAACGCCAGAAACAGGAUGCAGCCAUCAAGGAGAUUGAGGGGCGAACUGUGGCCGAGGAGGACCUGCGUGCCGACGUGGCCGUCAUUGACGACGCCAUCGAACGCAGUUUUCGAAAGCACGUGGAACUGAAGCCAAUCAUCCGGAAGCGGAAGGUCUUUCCGAAGACCUUGACGGAGACAGAGCGCCUCAAAUCGAUCAUGCACCGCGAAGACUGUGUGAGGCGCGACAAGGCGCGUGUGACGCAGCAGUUCUUCCUGGAGCGGACGGGAAAAGUUAAGAACCUGCCGGACGCGGAGCAGAAGCUGCGCUGUGAUGAGAGCAUAGAGGGCAGCGUCGGCUCCACGCCCAGCGAGCAGAGCAGCGACGACGAGGACUAUCUCCAGGUGGGAAAAAUUGGGGACAAGUUUCAGCUUCGCGGCUUCCACUUCAAGCACGGGGAUGGCCUUCGAGGCAAGCUGCACCGGCACCAGAUUAUGCAAGGCCAGCGAACGGUCAAGGGGUGCCUCACGCGCGAAGAGUGGCUCAACCAGCUCGUGCCCCACAAGGAGCCCAUCAAAUUGGACGUAGAGCGCGGCAUCAUCAAAGUGCUGGACCCCGACGACCCCAAUCUGGAUCUGUUCCCGCCUGAGCCACUGCUAAUGAAGAGACGCGAGCGAAAGAGUGCUGUCCGGGAGUUUGUUGACGAACGCCUGGGUCUCCACUACCACCGCCGGCUGAGAAAGAACCUUAAGCUUGUGAAGCCGAAGCCCGCCUAUAACGUCAAGAAGUUCAAUCUCAUUCGCUACGUCUUUCCGGAGAAGGUACUCGUACCAGAUGGGCGGGGGCCGGUGGAGGAGAUGGAGGAAAUUGAGGAGCUCGAUGCCACUAAAGUGAACACGACCUUGGAGUAUCUCAAUCUCAAACAGAAGCUCGCUAAGUCCAAGCGCCAAAAGAAGAAACUAGGCCGCAUGAAACUGCUCGGUCUUCCCUGCAUUGAGAAGAAGCAGUUGCGAACGGCAGACCCGUGCCUGGAGGUGGAGGAGGAGCUUGACGUGGACUGGGUCCCGACCCCAGAACCUCCCUACGAUGAAGAGGAAGCUAUGCACCGUUUGGAGGGUGGCUGUGACCGGUCAUCGAGCCAGCUGCGUGGAUUCACUCGAUGGAUGAAUCGACGACAGAGUCGCAGCUACAGGAACUCUGAUUAUCGGGCCACUUCUGGACAGGAAAAUUUCGAGGUAACCCAGCCGCCUCGAUGGCGUGGAAAUAUGCCCGCACCCAAGGAGAGGGAGAAGACGCUAACGAUUCACCCCAGGCGCAAGCGCGAUUACGCCAACGAGCGUAUUCCGUCGGCCAUUUUCAACGAAGUGCUGCAGAACUCGCCACUGCCCCUGCUGGAACAACCGGAGCCGGACAAAAUCCGCUUUGCCAACGUGCGGACAAAAAAGCGACCUUACUCGGAAAUAUUCGAAGCACGGCACCACCACGACCACUGGGCGCCCACCCAGGUUAAAAACGUCCAUGUCCAAUACCAGCCAAAGACUGUGUACCCGGAGAUCACCAAUGUGGCAAAGAAGGUCAAGGAGCCGGUGUUGAAGUUCGAGAGGGCCGAUCCGCCUUGCAGCAAGUACGUGGACCGGGACCUUACCAUGCCCAGCUACGACUUUGACAAAAUGAUAGCCGAGCAUCUGGCCGCCACCCGGACGGACAACAAGGAAGCCGCAGGGGAGAUUGUUCCGGAUCUUUGCCGGCCCUAUGAUUUCGUGUUUCACUCUCGCGACCCCGAGGAACUGGCCAAGCUGGACUUUCCGGGUCGGAAGCAGUACCUGGAACUGUUGCGAGAGACCCGCGAGGCCAUCUACGAGACCAAGGACAUAGAACCGGGGGAGGAGCGCCUUCUGGUGGAUCGCCGCGCUGUGGUGCAAGACCUCGAAGAGGAUCUGAAGAGCAUCGAGAACUGCUUGAGCUCUUUGACCAGCUCGGACUGCACGGAUCUGUCAAACGAUAGUGGCAGCUAUAUGGUAAUCGAGGGCAAGACUAAGCUGCCCCUGGACUACAUAAGAAAGCCUUUGGUGCCGUUUGAGGAAAUGCGACGGGCCCGCUUCCAUGCUGCGGUGAUCGACGUAUCGGCCGAGGACGAAGAUCCCUACCGCAUGCUGCCCUUUUCGGGCCAGCACAAGGAGCAGGCCGACAUGCUGGGACCCAAGGACACUUUUUUCACCUUCAGUACGCGGUUACGAAACAGUCUGCGUCUGCGCCUCGAGGUGGCCGUGCCCGACGUGCGUAAGACGCUGUUGGGUCCGGGCAACCGCAAGUAUUAUGGGGCUGUGAUCACUGACCUCGAUGAAAACUACAUUGAGGAGCUGAAGAGCCGCGCCACCAUCAAGUCGUUCAAGUUCAAAACCAGCAUUCAGCUGCUCAAGGACGCCAUGCGCCUGAAGUAUGAGUCCCUGCUUAUCCAGGGACAGAUGGUGCGCACCAAAAUCUACGACCGCAUGAACGAGCGUCACUGGGUCAACAUGAAGAACACAAAGAACCUGUAUGAGGCGCUGUUCGCCAAGUGGAAGAAGAAGGAGUACAACGCCGCCAUGACGAUGGUGUAUCAGGUGAAGUCCUACUACGAAACCACCGACAAGCUGAAGCAGGAGUACCGGGAGCUGGAGCGGGAGCUGAUGAUGCUCAACAUGGACAUAGUGUUUAUUGAGGGUCACUGGAUCCGUUGCAUCAUGCUCCAGAACUUCCAUUACCUAAUGGGAGACCAGGACUGGCGUGCUGAACACGACUGGAUACACCUUGUUCCGAAGUCGAAGCGCACCAAUAGCUCGGAGGCCGAGGCAUCCGAGGAGCAGGAGCCCGAGGGGCAUGAGGACGGUGCCGAGGAAGAGCUGGAGCUGGAGCCUUACGAUGUCUCCAUUGCCAAGCGCGCCAUCGUCAACAUUCGCGUGCGCGACAAGGACGAUGCUUGGGCCAUCCGCGCCUUUUAUUACGAUGUGUACAUGCAGAAGGUUCAUCCAAUUCUGCAGGUGUUCCCGGAUGCAGAGUCCUUCCUGCAGGGUGUGGAGAACCUAAAGAACAAAACUUUCAUGCUGCUGUUGGAGAUGCACUUUACCCUCUCCAUCCACACCGAGCUUCAAGGACGCCUGGAAACUUUCAACGAUUGGUGCUCCAAACACCUCAAGGAAAAACAGGAAUACGUGGCCCGCAAGUCGGCGAAGAAGUUCUUUAUGGAGGACCGCGCCUGGGAAAUGGAGCAGAAAGUGCAUCAGUAUCUCGGGGAGCCCAUCAGAGAGACCAUCGCAGACGAGGACUUCAACAAGCACCGUGCAGUGCUUGCCGAAGUCUGGCGCCGAGUGGUCCCAGACUCCGUGCGCGGAACCAGUGACGUGCUUCCCAGUACCGCCGAUAUGGUGGCCGCCAUCAGCGAUGUGGUCAUGGAGAUACUGUCCAAAUUUGAGCACAUGGAUAUUGAAAAGGUCCGCGCUGUGGAAGCGACCCUGCGAAAACGUCGGCGCUACCGGGAGAAGCUCUCGUUCCAAGCUUAUCAAGUGGAGCGACGCAUCGACAUGGAGAUGAAAAAGGUACGCCGCAACUUAGAACCGCCCUACAAGAAGCCGAAGCGCGAGGGUCGCCUGCCCAGGCUAUUUCUCAAGAAACGGGUUGUUCCGGAGGAGAAGGAGGUUUUUGUUAUAUCCGAGCAUACGAAGAACUUCGUUCGCGCUUUCAGGGAGGAUGGCUACACCGGGGACCAAGUGACCCACACAUCCCUGCUGACAGUGGACAACAUGCAGGAGCAAAUAGUGCCCUUCUACUUCGACCAUUUCCUCAAGAUUAACGGCUACACUCCGAACUACAACUUUAGGACGAACGUGGACUUGCGAGACGGGCCCGAGUUCAGCCGCCUGAAAAUCCGCGAGGUUCUACCCGAUGUAUUGGCUAGGCUGGAACACUGGGAGAAUAUGCACAAGAAGGUCAUGGAGGAGAAUAUUCAGCGUAAUCCGAAGAUGUACGAGAAUGUCAUCUAAUCCGAGUUUCCAACACAGCAAACUUAACAUGAAUUCGAUCGUUAAACUCCAGCUUGCCCCAAAUUCAACGUGCUCUUAUUGGAAUCUUCGAGCAUAAGGACAUUUUUCCAAAAAUUUCGUUUAUAAAUUUUAAGGGUGUUGCUAUUAAAAACUCGCACUUUGAGAAAAUAUGUGAGCUUCAAAUUUCAAAUGAGCUCUGUACUUUCUCUUUCCCAUAGUCAUUACAAUUACGGCAAAUGAAACAAAAUAAAAUU